AUGGAGAAUCGAGAAGAUCUUAAUUCGAUUCUUCCGUUCCUCCCGCUUGUGAUUCGUUCGUCGUCGCUGUAUUGGCCGCCGCGCGUGGUGGAGGCGCUAAAGGCAAUGUCUGAAGGACCUUCUCACAGCCGAGUUGACUCGGGAGAAGUUCUGUGGCAAGCUAUUUCCGAUAUGAGGCAAUCGCUUUCUUUGUCAACUCGGCUCCUCGCUCCCUCUGCUUCUCAUGGCUACGCCCUUUUCUUCGACGAACUGAGUCAUGAGAAAGAAUCAAAGAGGUGUUUCAAUGAGAUUAUCCCGGCAUUGGCAGGGUUACUCCUUCGAUUUCCAUCUCUAUUAGAAGCGCACUAUCACAAUGCGGAUACUAUCGUUACUGGAAUCAAAACAGGUCUUCGCUUGUUACAUCCUCAACAAGCUGGCAUAGUUUUUCUUAGCCAGGAGUUGAUUGGAGCUCUUCUUGCGUGCGCUUUCUUUUGUUUGUUUCCAGUUGCUAAUAGAGGUGCAAAAGACCUUCCAGUCAUCAACUUUGAUAAUUUGUUUGCGAGCCUAUAUGAAAGCUAUAGUGAAAGUCAUGAAAGCAAGAUAAGGUGUAUUAUGCAUUACUUUGAAAGGGUGUGCUCCUGUUUACCUACUGGGACCGUUUCAUUUGAACGCAAGGUUCUUCCAGCUGUAUACCACAAUUCCUUAACCACUGCUCCUGAGGCUGAUUUUUGGAGCAAGUCUGACAGUUCCCUUUGCGCUUUUAAGGUUCACUCUUCUGGGUUAAUAGAAGAUCAAUCUAACAAUGCUCUGGAAGUGGACUUUGCGAACAAGUAUCUUGGAGGUGGUGCCCUAAAUAGGGGGUGCGUACAGGAGGAGAUACGCUUCAUGAUCAACCCGGAAUUAAUCGCUGGCAUGCUUUUCCUGCCUCGCAUGGAUGACAAUGAAGCUAUAGGAAUAGUUGGUGCAGAAAGAUUUUCAUGUUACACAGGGUAUGCAUCUUCAUUUCGAUUUGCUGGUGACUACAUUGACAAAAAGGCAAUGGAUCCUUUCAAAAGGCGAAGAACCAGAAUUGUUGCAAUAGAUGCAUUUUGUGCCUCGAAAAUGAAACACUUUAGAGAUAUAUCCCUUUUGCGUGAAAUCAACAAAGCUCUAUGUGGCUUUUUAAAUCAUAGAAAAUCUUGGCAGAACCAGAAUAUAUUCAUAGAUAAAGGAGAUGAUGAAGUUCAGCUUGCUAGGAACGACAAAGAUUCUGGUCUUUUGCAUACAGAAACUACUGCGUCACACGGAGCUCCAUUAAAUGAUGUCGAGGCAGGUAGAGACGAGCCUGCUAGCAAUUUUGUCAGAGAUUUUUACGUGGAAGGAGCCGAUUGCAUGGAUCAUGAAGAUGAUGGUGUCGCGACUGGGAAUUGGGGAUGUGGUGUUUUUGGAGGAGACCCAGAGUUAAAGGCUAUGAUCCAGUGGCUCGCUGCUUCCCAGGCUCGGAGACCAUUUAUAUCAUACUACACGUUUGGAGUGCGGUCCCUCGAAAACGUAGAUCAGGUGACCAAGUGGAUUCUUUCCCAUGAAUGGACCGUUGGAGAUCUCUGGAACAUGGUGCUAGAAUAUUCUGCUCAAAGGCUGUACAAGCAAACAAAUCUUGGCUUCUUCUCUUGGCUACUUCCAUCUCUAGCUAACACCAAUGAAGCAAACAAAUUUGCAGAGUCAAGGCCGCCUUGA